GGGAUCGCUUUGCCUCCCAUUCCCCACACAUACAGUGCAUGUCAUUUAUGGCAACCAUUGAUAGGCAUAACACCCAUAGACUCAGUGUAUUGAGUGGUUUAAUGGGACAAAAACAUCGACUCUAUUCAUAACGUUAAUCACAAUUACAUUUAAUUGUUACCAUUGUUUUGACCAAACAGUCCACGUAUUGAUCGCUUACUAUAUAUCGUAAUCGACAAUACAUUUGUGGCCCACGUCUUGAGUCGACUGUUUUGUAUUUGAUUGACUCGUUUUCACCCGUAAUCUCAUUCACAGACUUAACGGACAUUGAAUUUGAUUGUCAUUUGCUUUUUGUCGUUGAAUUUUGUUAUCGUUUUUUAAUAUAUUUGUUAACAAAACCGAAAUCUCAAUCAUUUUGUUGACCGAAAACACUUGUAUCAGACGAGUGGCCGUAACUGUGGUAUACUUUUGCAUCAUAUGGUGGACCGAAAUGCAGAGAUUAUGACCGAAUAUAAACUGGUCGUUGUCGGCGCCGGAGGCGUUGGCAAAAGUGCCUUAACUAUACAAUUGAUUCAAAAUCACUUUGUCGAUGAAUACGACCCGACGAUCGAAGACUCGUACCGGAAGCAAGUGGUGAUCGACGGCGAGACAUGUCUUCUCGAUAUACUGGACACCGCCGGACAGGAGGAGUACAGCGCAAUGAGAGACCAAUACAUGCGAACCGGAGAGGGAUUCCUAUUAGUGUUUGCCGUGAAUAAUGCCAAGUCUUUUGAGGACAUCUCUAUGUAUAGGGAACAGAUAAAGCGCGUCAAAGACGCCGAUGACGUGCCGAUGGUAUUAGUGGGCAAUAAAUGUGAUUUACCGACACGUGCUGUCGAUAUGCGUGCGGCCAACGAAGUGGCCAAGAAUUACGGCAUUCCUUUCGUGGAGACUUCGGCCAAAACCCGAAUGGGAGUCGACGACGCUUUCUAUACGUUAGUCAGAGAAAUACGCAAAGAUAGGGAUCGGAAGGGAAAGGACAAGAAGAAACACCGCGAAAAGGGACGCAAAAAGAAGUGCACUAUUAUUUAACCACACGUUCAGUGUUUACCACAACGGAUGUGAGAUAACAAUAACUCCCACUCAUUAUUGUUAAUCAUUUUACUGUUAAGCGACUUAUAGUUUAAGUCAACAAUUCGUUGAAAUGGAUUGAUUUUAAUUGCAAAUUAAUAUAAUUAUUAAUUAAUUGAAUAUUUAAUCGCAAAAUGGACUCGAAUUUUAUAGAGAAUUUUUUUUAUUUACCCGAAUAUUACAAUUACUCAACAAUUAAUAUAAUUUUUAAUACAAUAAUAAUAUUUCUCCAAAAGAUAUUUUAUCCAAGUUUUGAAUUCAUAAAUACUAUAAAAAGUGAUACAAAACUUUAUUUUUAUCCUUAAAUAAUGACGACAAUUGUAUCUCUCAAUUGAAUUAUCCUUUUAUUUCAAUUAAUUAACGAUUUAUAUCUCAAAAACAACAUUACUUUUUACUUGUCCUUUUAAAUACGAAUUUUGGAUUUUAAUUAUAAUUAAUAACAAAUUAAAUAAAAGACAUUAAAGAGAAAAAUUAGACACAAAAACAAUAAUAAGAGAAAUUAAUAAAUUAAUUGAAAAAACAAAAACUUGAGACCAAAUGAAUUGUUGAAUUAUUUGGUGCCACAAAAAAUGCAACGAAUCAACUGAGAAGGCGAUCAUCACUUGAAGUUGGCAUAAGUGUCAAAGUAUUGCAGAUAACUAAUGGCCAAUUGGUGCAAAAACUUGUACUGAUCCUAAUUAACACAAUUAAUAACAUUAAUAUUAAUGUCUUCUGUAUUUCGCAAUUAACAUCACAUCCAAAACUAAAUGUCCACUAAAUCUCUAUCUCUAACACACUCUCCAUUACUCUAACGUUUUUCUGCCCAACAUUUUUAUAUACAAUUAUAACGACAACAGAAUUGCUUUAAUAAUUAACAAUUAAUUAACAAAAUAACGUGAAUGUCGUACCAAAUCAGUGAUGAAUUGGGGUCUAUUGGUGCGGACCGUCUGAACGGCAAGGAAGACGUCGACCUCCUGUUCCUCUUUGAUGCGAUCGCAUUCAAAACUGGUCGCACAGAAGACACCACUCGCGUGAUUGCCGUCGCUUUUUAACGAAUCAAUACAUUUCAUUACAAAACUAACAAUAAUUAAACACUUAUAGAGACCA